GACUAUCAAAGAUCCAUACUUAUCUCUCCCUUCCCAAGAACUACUACUAAAUUCUCCGUCCAAAAACAAACAAAAACCGCCAAAAUGAUGUCCGUCACCAAGAUCGUCGCCGCCCUUUCCAUGACCGUCGGCUACGCGCUCGCCUUCAACGGCGACCUGACCUACUACCAGCCCGGCCUCGGCUCGUGCGGCGAGCAGAGCUCGAGCUCCGACCACAUCGUCGCGCUCGCCCCCGCCCAGUUCACGAGCGACCCCAACGCCUGCGGUAAGACCAUCCAGAUCACGUACAACGGCAAGACCACGACCGCCAAGGUCGUCGACAAGUGCAUGGGCUGCUCCGACGACAGCAUCGACGUCAGCACCGCCGUCUUCACCGAGCUCGCCGAUCUGUCCGCCGGCCGCGUCCAAGUCGAAUGGGACUACGCCACGUAAAUGAUAUGCCAACAGGCAUAGGUCAAAAGUCACUUAAAGUACUACUGUUUACUCCGGUGUACUUAACUCCAAUCACUGCG